UGACCCAGUCUGCUAUUCCCUAUCUCCCUUCAUUGUUCUUCCGCUCUGAGACAGGUGCCAUGCUACAAACUAGAAUUCAAUUCAUGUAAACCAAUGCAAGCAAAACACAACACAAGAUGACAGUGAUGAGUUCAUCGUGGACUCUCCACCUCCUGCCUCUCUUCCUACUACUAUCAGUUGCCACCGUCGGCGCCACCACAUUAAGCAUCACCAACCGAUGCUCCUACACGGUGUGGCCGGCGGCUGUGCCGGUGGGUGGCGGCGUGCAGCUCGAUCCGGGGGAGUCAUGGAACGUCAACAUGCCAUCUGCCACCAGAGGGCGUGUGUGGCCGCGCACAGGCUGCUCAUUCGAUCUCGAAGGCACCGGUAAGGGGUCAUGCCAGACAGGUGACUGCGGUGGCGUGCUCACCUGCACAGGCAACGGUCAGCCGCCCCUCACGCUUGCCGAGUUCAACUUCAACCUCGGAGAAGGAAUGGAUUUCUUCGACAUCUCCCUCGUUGACGGCUUUAACGUGCCCAUGGACGUCCUGCCGGUGCCGGCCAAUGGACAGGGACAGAAAGGGUGCAGCACGGGACCUCGCUGCGCAGCAAACAUCACGUCGCAGUGCCCAAGCGAUCUGAAGGCGCCCGGGGGCUGCAACAGCCCCUGCACGGUGUUCAAGCAGGACAAGUACUGCUGCACCGGGAAUGGCAGUUGCGGACCCACCAACUACUCGGAGUUUUUCAAGCGGAUGUGCCCGGAUGCGUACAGCUACCCCUUGGAUGCUUCGAACACUACAUGGACUUGCCCAUCGGGCACCAACUACCAGGUCAUCUUCUGUCCCCCGAGCAACAUAUCAGCUUUGGCUUCGCCUCCAACCGCAAAUCCGCCUUCACCUAUUGUUACUGAGCCAACACACAUGAAUUCCUCCUCCUCUUCAAGAAGCAGAGUUUUUGGCGUGAUCCUAGGUUCCGUAAGCAGUUCGAUUGUACUCGUCAUAUUCAUCACUUUCUUUGCAUAUAAACGAAGAAAAUGGCGACAACGGGAGGUGCAGGAAGGGGAUGAAGAGUUCGGAGAGCUACCAGGACUGCCUACCAGGUUCACAUUUCAGCAGCUACAAGAGGCAACCAGUCAAUUCAGAGUAAAGCUCGGGGAAGGAGGAUUUGGGUCUGUUUUUCAGGGACAAUACGGGGAGGAAAGAAUUGCAGUAAAACGUUUGGAUCGAGCUGGUCAGGGAAAGAGAGAAUUUUUGGCUGAGGUUCAGACAAUUGGCAACAUUCAUCAUAUCAAUCUGGUGAGGCUGAUUGGUUUUUGUGCAGAAAAAUCACAUAGGCUACUGGUCUAUGAGUAUAUGCCCAAUGGUUCCUUAGAGAGGUGGAUCUAUUGCCGACAUGAUAGUAACAAUCCUCCUCUGGAUUGGCAAACACGACACAAGAUUAUUACUCACAUAGCUAAGGGUCUCUCUUAUCUUCAUGAGGAGUGCAUGAAGAGGAUUGCUCAUUUGGAUGUCAAACCACAAAAUAUCCUCUUAGAUGAAAACUUCAAUGCCAAACUUUCCGAUUUUGGACUAUGCAAGCUUAUUGAUAGGGAUAAGAGCCAAGUGAUUACUAGGAUGAGAGGCACACCUGGAUAUUUAGCUCCUGAGUGGUUGACAUCACAAAUCACGGAAAAGGUCGAUGUCUAUAGCUUUGGCGUGGUGGUCAUGGAAAUCAUCAGCGGUAGGAGGAACCUUGACACUUCAAGGUCUGAAGAGAGCAUCCAUCUUAUUACCUUAUUGGAAGAAAAGGUGAAGAGUGAUGAGUUAGCAUAUUUGAUCGACAAGCACAGUAGUGACAUGCAAGUACACAAGCAAGAAGUAAUUCAGAUGAUGAAGCUCGCGAUGUGGUGUCUGCAGGUUGAUUGCAAAAGAAGGCCUCAAAUGUCUGAGGUGGUCAAAGUCUUGGAAGGUAACAUGGAUGCAGAAAGUAAUAUUGAUCAUAACUUUGUCGCAAACAGUCCAGCAAUGCUUUGGGUUGCUGAAAACAUAGGUUUGUCAGAUCCACCUGUAGCCACAGAUUUAUCAGGCCCCAGGUGAAACAAGGUAAUUCCGAGAAGUUAGUAGCCUAGAUUAUGUGCAGGAGAUAAGUGUCUCCAGAAAAAGCAAUGGUCUGUUGUUUUUUUCCUCCCUUCAAACUACUACAAUCUGAAGGAGGACCUAUAAGUUGCGUUAAUUUUUGUUAAAGAAUAUCACAAUAUUGUAAAGCUACUUUGGUCUAGAUCAGAUGAAUAAUCCAGCUUUACACUUCUGUU